CGCGUACGUCACUCAUGGCCAUUCCGCCACCCGAUCGGAGCUGCUCAUUCCCGUUCACGUGAAAGCUUCUAAACGCUUCCACAUCGAAAAAUUCGAUACACAUAACACAACCGGAACAAGCGACGGCAACAUGCUACGCUGCUUCAGCUGCUUCAGCCGUCGAGGAUCUCUAGAGGACUCGACCGAGGACAACCGCAUGACUGCGUCGGGCAUCCUCGGCUUUGGUCUCCAUGACAAGAAGAAACCAACGUUCGAGGACACGUACGACAUUCUGUACCAGAUCGGUGAAGGCAAGACUGGUCAGGUGUUCGUGGCCAAGAAAAAGCGGCCGCACUACCGCACUCGCGCCAAGACGCUGGCGGAGGAGCAACAGCGUGAGCGAGAAGAACGCGAGUGCGACGAGGAAGUGGCCGUCAAGUUUGUACGGCAGGAGUAUCUGUCCACACCCAACCGCGUCGAAGCAUUGCAGUCCGAGCUGGCCAUCCUGGGUCGCGUCAAACACCCAGGAAUUCUCCGACUGCGACAGGUGUUCCAAGACGAGGACAAGUUUGCCAUCGUGACGGAUAAGGCGACGGGCGGUGAGGUUAUGGACGCGAUCUGCAGGCCCGGGGCUCCGCGUAUUCGCGAGUGCGAUGUGGCUGAAAUUGUCCGGCAAUUGCUAAGUGUACUGGCAUAUUUGCACCUUAACGGAAUCACCCACCGCGACGUGAAGGUGGAGAACAUUUUGUGCAAGACACAAGACUUGCGUAGUGGCGUACUGCUCAUCGAUUUCGGCCUGGCACACAUGGGUACUGUCGGUGGCAGUGAAAUGUCGGGUAUGAACGGAACGCCACACUACAUGGCGCCCGAGAUGUUCCACAAGCACGGAAGUUACGGCUGGGCUAUCGAUUUGUGGUCGCUUGGUGUCGUCACGUACGUCCUGCUAUUCGGACAAUUCCCAUUCGACGCUCGCUUUAUGUCGCAGGUGGAAGACAAGAUCGUCAAGGGCGAGUUCGAGUACCCUAAAGAGCUCGAGUCGAUGGUUUCUCACCAGGCCAAGAAGUUCAUCGAGUAUUUGCUAGUGCUAAAUCCGCGAGAGCGUCCUCCUGCUGCGAUGGCACUACAACAUCCAUGGCUACAAGUAGACUCGUCAUCAACGAACCCAUUUACUGAUGAGCACAUGGCUGCACUCGCGAAGUUUUCCGAGGGCAAGAAGACCUUCGCACCUCCCGCCCCGAAACAAUACGUACCACCGCAACCUAUUCCGAAGGAAGGUGUUAUCAUUUAUGAAGGAUAGAGCAAGGCACCACCAUGUUAAUAAAUCGCCAACUCUGUUCGUCGUUACUUCCUGAUGGCUACUGGUCUCAGAUGGCUACA